AUGGACGAGAGCACUCCCCGCAACAAGAGAUACCGCUCAGCUUCCAUCUCGUCGGCCUCCUCGGCAGGCACUUCGAGCUCUGUCCACUCCGCAUCAGGCGGUCUCUCACCCCCGCCCAAGUUUCACAGACCAUCAACCUCCGCUUCCGACUCGGCGUACACCUGCCACCUCCCUCCGACAUGCAACAAGCCCGACUCCUCAACAUCACACACCUCGCAGUCGGAGCUGGAGCGACAUCAACUUCAAUUCCACAACCACAUCUGCCGCGUGCCUAUCCGGGACUACACCCCGGGCGCCUCCAGACGACCAUAUACGCGCUCCGAAGCUCGGAGCGAGGCCGAGGGAAGCGCCCUGCCAGAUGGAUUCGUUAGCGGAGGUGGAAGGGGGCGGAUGAAGGAGUGCGGGAAGGUGUUUCCAGACGAGCGGUUUCUGGAGCUUCAUCAGACGGAAGUACAUGAUAUGAUGGCGAGAGAGAAGCAGGCAAAUGGGAGCAAGAUUUUCGAAUGCUUCAUACCUGCGCCGCAGUGCGGCCGGAAGUUCAAGACACCAGCUACCAGGCGGAGUCAUCUGAAAGCCAAGCAUCAGUAUCCGAACGAGUACUUCUUCUCAAUCACCAACCACGGUGUACGGUCCCUGACCACCUUUCUUGAUGCUAGGUCUUAG